CUGGACUAUGGUACCGCCAGGUGCCCAGGCCCCGCUAGGCGAUCCGUGCGGAGCUACUGGGGGAAGCGGUAGAUGUGGCUCCUCCCCCAGUGAGGGGUUUGGGGGCUGCUGGCGUGGACGGGCUGUCGCAGGGAGUCACCAGGAGGAGGGCGAUUCUUAGCACGCUGCCCUCCCUGGCACCCUUGGCCGAGGGGAGGCUUGUAAACAUGCUCUCCUGAGCCCCACCAGAGAGGAGCGGGCAGAUGCUAGGGCAAAUAUCGCAGUGAUCUGGAUCAAGACUAAAUCAGAACUCAAGAUCUGGCCUGUUGAUUGGAGGAAACUGACCACUGUUCUGGAUACAAUUGAAUAAGCAUUUUGAAAGGAAUUUCAUUAGCCUGAAUGUGUCUGAACAGAUCAAACAGCAGAAACUGAGGCCUGGGGGGUUGAGCCCCACACAAUUCAGCAAAGUGAACCUUUGUUGGAAGGAAAGGGGGCACUUUUUCAGUGGCCAUCAGAAAAGAACUGAAUAAGGAAAUGGCAGCUUCUGUUGCCACCAAGACAUCUUGGAAGCUGCAAGAGAUCACAGCUCACAGCAGCAAUGUGUCCUCGCUGGUUCUGGGCAAAAGUUCAGGUCGGCUGCUGGCAACUGGUGGAGAGGACUGUCGGGUCAAUAUAUGGUCGGUUAACAAGCCCAACUGCAUCAUAAGUUUGACAGGCCAUACAACACCAGUGGAGAGUGUGAGGAUCAAUACAAAUGAAGAGCUCAUUGUUGCAGGAUCCCAAUCAGGGUCCAUUCGAGUUUGGGACCUGGAAGCUGCCAAAAUUCUUCGUACGUUAAUGGGCCACAAAGCAAAUAUCUGCAGCCUUGAUUUCCAUCCGUUUGGAAGCUUUGUAGCUUCGGGGUCCCUGGACACUAACAUCAAGCUCUGGGAUGUAAGAAGAAAAGGCUGUGUCUUCAGGUACAAGGGUCACACGCAAGCAGUUAGGUGUCUCCGAUUUAGUCCUGAUGGGAAGUGGUUAGCGUCCGCUUCAGAUGAUCACACUGUAAAGCUGUGGGAUCUGGCGGCUGGGAAGAUAAUGUUCGAGUUUACAGGACAUACAGGCCCAGUAAACGUUGUUGAGUUCCAUCCCAAUGAAUACCUUUUGGCCUCCGGCAGCGCUGACAGGACAGUCAGAUUCUGGGAUUUGGAGAAGUUUCAAGUGGUGAGCUGCAUUGAAGAAGAGGCCACUCCUGUCAGGUGUGUUCUUUUCAACCCAGAUGGCUGCUGCUUGUAUAGCGGCUACCAGGAUUCGCUGCGUGUGUAUGGCUGGGAGCCUGAGCGCUGCUUUGAUGUGGUCUUGGUGACCUGGGGAAAAGUGGCUGACUUAUCUAUCUGCAACAACCAGCUGAUAGGGGUUUCCGUCUCUCAGAGUACAGUCUCUUCGUUCGUUGUGGACCUCAGCAGAGUCACAAAGUCUGGCUCUGGUCUUCAUGGACCGAUCAAAGAUGAUAGGCCUCUGGCUCAGCCCACCCCCACAGGCUCCUCCCUUCGACGCAUCUAUGACAGGCCAUCAACUACCUGUAGCAAGCCCCAAAGAGUGAAGCACAAUUCGGAGAGCGAGAGGCGCAGUCCCAGCAGUGAAGAUGACCGGGAUGAGAAGGAAUCAAAGGCUGAGAUCCAGAAUCCAGAGGAUUACAAGGAGAUCUUCCAGCCCAAGAAUUCCAUCACUCGAACUCCACCACGAAAGAGUGAGCCCUUCCCAGCCCCUCCCGAGGAUGAGCCUGUCAUCGUAAAGGAAGCAGCAAAGCCCAACCAAGUUGUGGACAUUCAGACCCCACUGCCAAACCAAGAAAACCCUGACCUGGUUCAGAGGCCACCAAUAGCCUCCUCGACGCCUGUGACCAGAGCAGAGCCAUCAGUGAUUCCUGCAGCCAGGAAUGCGCCCAUUGGGCUGAAGGCCUCUGACUUUCUGCCAGCUGUGAAAAACCAAAGCCAAUGUGAGAUAGUGGAUGAGGAAGCCAUGUCCCAGAUCCGUAAGGGCCAUGAGACUAUGUGUGUGGUGCUCACCAGCCGCCACAAGAACCUGGACACAGUGCGAGCGAUAUGGACCACUGGUGACAUCAAGACAUCUGUGGAUUCUGCUGUGGCCAUCAAUGAUCUCUCUGUUAUAGUGGACCUACUGAACAUUGUCAACCAGAAAGCGUCUCUCUGGAAACUGGAUCUGUGUACUAUAAUCCUGCCUCAGAUAGAGAAGCUCCUUCAAAGCAAAUAUGAAAGUUACGUACAGACUGGCUGCACCUCCUUAAAGCUGAUUCUCCAGAGAUUCCUGCCACUGAUCACUGACAUCCUUGCUGCACCGCCGUCUGUUGGGGUGGACAUCACAAGAGAAGAGAGGCUCCAUAAGUGCAAACUGUGUUACAAGCAGCUGAAGAAUAUCAGCAAUAUCAUCAAGAACAAGUCUGGACUGAGCGGCCGCCAUGGCAGUGCCUUCCGUGAGCUUCACCUCCUCAUGGCUGUCUUUGAGUAACAGCUGCCUCCUCCUCCACACAUGCAAACACACAGGUUCACUUAGUUCCAUCUGUCUCACUCCGUGUCCAUCCCUGUUCCCCAGAUCACAGCAGGGAACUGAGGUCCCCACUGGCUAGCCGGCUGCCUGCCCCACCUCUGGUGCCUUAGGAGCUGAAUUGAAAACCUGAUUGGAGGUGUCUGUCCUACAUGUGGGAGGGGCCUGGCUGGACGAGGACGCUGCAGCAGAGCUCACACCUUUCUACGGUUCUUAUGUGGAGCAAACUGAAGUUCAGCUCUCCAUAGAACUUUUACCCAGCUCUUUCUCUGCUAGACUGUCUCCCCGGGGUGGGGCUCAGAAUCUGCCUUCUCCCACUCCCAUACUCAUCAUCAGCACACUUGUUACGUGACCACUCCAGCCACGGAGAGACUGUGGAUCAGACCAGCUGGAACACUUGAGUCUGGACCUGAAGGCCUGCUCUGUUUUUCCCUUCACAGUGAGAUGAGCGAUGGAAUCCCUUUUCCAGGAGUUUCCAUCUGCUUGGGUAUUGCCAGUGCAGCACUGCAGAAGAGCUGGCUCUGGGCAGAGUGCCCUUUUCCUAGGGCAUGGACAUGGCUAGUGCUUUUUUACUGGCAUUUGGGACCGGCCCCUUCCUUGGUGAAUUGUUACAGAGGGUUUGAGCCAGGACAUCUCUCGGCACUAGUCCUGCUGGUGUCGCCCCUGACGUCUCAAGACCCCGUUUCCAGGGGAGGCUGUCUUGCAGCCUGCCUGAUAAGGGGGGUUCUUAAGAUCCCUGUUGGUGGCUCUGGGCUGUGUAGCUUUAGUUAUGUUAAAAUCGAACUAGGAGUAGGUGGGGAUGGGGCCGACAUGAUCUGUUUGUAAAUGGGACUUAGCCAGGACUUGCCCUGUGUUUUUGCCUUUGGGGAGGGUUUUGAGCUGGGAGGGUGCGGGCGGGUGAGAGGCAAAUGGACACAGACCAACCUCUUGCUGCACCCAUUGGACUCUUAGAGAUUUUUCAAUAAAUGACUGUCAGAACCGUUGUCCAUUCUUGCUUCUUUCCUGAAGGGAAGGAGGCUCCUGUGCUGAGGGCUCCCUCCCCACCAUUCAUACACUGGAGCCUGCUGUUCAGGAAAUUAACUUAUAAUGAAUUUUAUUAAAAGAUUUGUAACUUA